AACUCGAAAUGUGUUCGGUGUUGGUGAUCGGAGAUAUGCACGUGCCGUUCCGCAGCAGCGGACUACCGGCCCAAUUUAAGAAGCUGUUGACUCCGGGUAAGAUACAGCAUGUUUUGUGCACGGGCAACCUGUGCACGAAAGAGAUGUACGAGUUCUUAAAGUCUAUCGCCAAUGAUGUGCACAUUGUGCGCGGUGAUUUCGACGAGAACCUCAAUUAUCCAGACCAAAAGGUAGUGAACGUCGGACAGUUUAAAGUGGGCCUAUGCCACGGCCACCAAGUGAUACCGUGGGGUGAUCCAGAAUCUCUGGCACUACUCCAGAGACAACUAGACGUAGACGUACUGGUAUUUGGUCACACUCACAAGUUUGAUGCAUUCGAACUUGGGAAUAAAUUUUUCUUAAAUCCAGGAUCAGCUACUGGAGCUUUUAAUCCGUUAAACCCGUAAGAUCUUUAAACUUUAAUACAUUAGUUUUCUG